CGGGACCCGGCUGGCAGGAAAGAUGGCGGUGGCUGCGGGAGGAGUCCGGGGCUGACAGAGCGGCCCGGGAAACGGGGACAUGACGAGGCUGGCAGAUUAUUUCCUGCUGGUGGGCUAUGAUUUGAACAAGAGAGGGAGCGGGAUAGGACAAGGCCGGAUCUUGCAGAGAUUCCCAGAAAAAGACUGGGAGGAUAACCCUUUUCCCCAAGGAAUUGAACUGUUCUGUCAGCCUAGCGGAUGGCAGUUAUGUGCAGAGAAGAAUCCUCCAACAUUUUUUAUUGCGGUUCUGACUGACAUAAACUCUGAGCGCCAUUACUGCAGCUGUUUUACCUUUUGGGAGGAGCUGGAAUGUAUUCAGUCUAUUGGUGAUCAAAGAGAUGGAGAAUCAGAAGAAGAUGCCCCCAUACCCUCUACAACACAACUUUAUGCUCCAAAAACUCUGGUGUUGGUGUCACGUCUGGAUCAUCCAGAGGUCUUCAGGGACUCUCUGGGUCUGAUUUACACCAUCCACACUGAUGGCCUCAGUGUGCAACUAGAGAAUGUCGUAGGAAACCUGCUAACCUGCACUGUCCCUGUCACUGGUGGAUCCCAGUCUGACCAGGAACAGGAUAAUGUGAGAACAAUAUCCUUGGGAGCAGGAGACCGUCAAGUCAUCCAGACUCCUAUUUGCGACUCUCUUCCAAUUAGCAAUUGCAGUGUGGCCCUGCUUUUUCGGCAGCUUGGUAUCACCAAUGUAUUGUGCCUGUUUUGUGCAGCUCUCACUGAGCACAAGAUAUUGUUUCUCUCCCGGAGUUACCAGCGUCUGACAGAAAGCUGUAGAGCUUUACUAGCUAUUAUGUUCCCUCUCAGAUACAGUUUUACCUAUGUCCCUAUCCUACCUGCCCAUCUCCUGGAAGUUCUCAGCACACCCACACCUUUUAUCAUCGGAGUGAAUGCCUUAUUCCGGUCUGAAACGCAGGAGUUGCUGGAUGUGGUGAUUGCAGAUUUGGAUGGUGGCACAAUAACCAUUCCAGAGUGUGUUCAGGUCCCACUUUUACCGGAGCCACUAUUACAUCACACGCACGAGUCCUUGUCAUGGGUACUAGACCCUGCUCUCCAAAUUGCAGACCUGGCCUUUCCUCCAUCAUCCAUUACGGCCUCCACUCUUCGGAUGCAGGAUAUGGAAGUACGUGCUGUGUUCCUUCGCCUAUUUGCACAGAUCCUCCUGGGAUAUCGCUGCUGUCUGCAGCUCAUCAGAGUCCAUCCAGAACCAGUCAUACGAUUUCACAAGGCUUCUUUUCUUGGUCAGCGCGCUUUGGUGGAAGAUGAUUUUAUGACAAAGGUUCUAGAAGGCAUGGCAUUUGCAGGUUUUGUAACAGAACGUGGGGCACCGUACAGAUCUCUUGAUUUGUUUGAUGAGCUGGUUGCCUAUGAUGUGAAAAAACUACAAUGUGAAGAAGGUAACCAACGAAGCGUCAUGAGGCAUGUACGAGAACUGGCUGAGAAGCUCUAUCGAAAUGAAAAUCCAUACCCGGCAGUCAGUAUGCACAAAGUUCAAAGACCAUCAGAAGGCAGCUACUUGCGACCGCAACAUAAACCAUUUCCUCUUCUGGAUGAGAGUAGUGUCCAGUGGUCCCUAGACCAGGCAGCUGCUAAGAUGCAGAAUGCACCACCUGCUGUAAGGGCAGAGAAGAAAUGUAUGGUUCCUCCAGGGCCGCCUAUUGAUGCAAUUGUGGAAAGAAAUGGCAGUGCUUUGGCAAAUAGUAACAGGCGACUCGAGGUUGUGAGAAACUGUAUCUCCUACAUCUUUGAGAACAAGAUGCUAGAGGCCAAAAAGUUGCAUCCAGCUGUUCUUCGUGCAUUGAAGGGAAGGGCAGCCAGACAGUGUCUAACCCAGGAGCUUAAUCUGCAUGUUCAGCAGAACCGGGCAGUGCUAGACCACCAGCAGUUUGACUUUGUUAUAAGGUUGAUGAACUGCUGUUUACAGGACUGCACAGCUUUGGAUGAGCAUGCAAUUGCUGCUGCUUUAUUACCUCUGGUUACAGCAUUCUGCAGGAAAUUAAGUCCUGGGAUUACUCAGUUUGCUUACAGCUGUGUGCAGGAACAUUUGAUUUGGACCAACAUGCAAUUUUGGGAGGCUAUGUUUUAUGAAGAUGUCCAAAACCACAUCCGUGCCCUGUAUUUGUCUCCUGAAGAGAACACUUUAAAUUCGGAUGAGAUGGAGGAAGAGGACAGAUCAGCAUUAGAACUUGCUGCAGAACAGUGUCGACUGUGGCCAACUCUGCCACGGGAAAAACAGCUGGAGCUCAUCCAGAAGGAAGAAAGCACUGUGUUUAGCCAAGCCAUACACUAUGCCAGCCGCAUGAGUUAUCUACUCUUACCGUUGGACACUUCCAAGAACCGCCUACUACGUGGGGGAGCUGGCUUUGGAGACACAGAAAGUGUGUCUAACAGCUUUAUCACUAACAGUAUGGCAGGAAGCAUGGCAGAAAGUGCAGACACAGAGAGUGGAUUUGAAGACUCUGAAAGCUCAGACGUGGCUCACUAUGUGGUCCGAAUCAUCACACGAUUUGUUGACAAAGUUUGUACAGAAAGUGGGGUGACUCCUGAUCACUUAAAAGGCUUACACACAAUGAUCCCAGAUAUUGUACAGAUGCACAUAGAAACUCUGGAUGCUGUUCACAGGGAAAGUAAACGAUUGCCUCCAAUACAAAAGCCCAAGCUCCUGCGCCCCACCUUGCUAGCAGGUGAAGAUUUAGUGAUGGAAGGCCUUCGGGUCUAUCUGCUGCCAGAUGGAAGGGAGGAAGCAUCAGGGGGUAUGCUAGGAGGCCCACCUUUGCUUCCUGCUGAAGGUGCUCUUUUCCUUACUACUUAUCGGUGCAUCUUCAAGGGGACUCCUGUAGACCCUUUGGUGGCUGAGCAGUCGGUGGUCCGGUCCUUCCCUCUAGCGUCCUUGACAAAGGAGAAGAAGAUAAGCGUUACAGCUCAUCUAGAACAGUAUGUCCAGGAAGGGCUGCAACUGCGAUCCUGUACCUUUCAGCUUCUGCGCAUUGCAUUUGAUGAGGAAGUUCCUUCGGAGGUUUCGGAGAUAUUUCGCAAGCAUCUGCAUAAAUUGAGGUUCCCCCAAGAUGUGCUAGGAACGUUCCCUUUCAGUGCGGGUCUUUCCCUACCACUCAGCACGCAACCCAGAGCCAAGGACAAGAAUCCCUCCCUUAAAACUCUUUCGAAGAACCUUGUGAAGAAUGCAAAAAAAACUAUUGGCCGGCAAUAUGUUACACGCAGGAAAUAUAGCCCACCAUCAUGGGAUCACCGUGGGAGCCAGAAUUCGUUGGAACAGCCAAGUGAUGACAUUUCAGUGUCUGAAGAAAUGGAGAGGAGCACACUUACACUUUCCACAUUGAAGGCCCCUGAGAAACAAGCAGUAGGUAGUUUGGCAGAGCGAGCCUGUUGCCGUGAUUACCAGCGCAUGGGACUUGGUACUCUGAGUAAUAGUUUGACACGAGCUAAGAAUGAACCUUUCCGGAUCUCCACAGUCAACCGCAUGUAUGCUGUGUGUAACAGUUACCCUGGUCUUCUGAUUGUGCCCCAGAGCAUUCAGGACAACACACUGCAGAAGAUCUCACGGUGUUACAGACAGAAUCGCUUCCCUGUUGUCUGCUGGAGGAGUUCGCGUAGCAAAGCUGUGCUACUACGCUCAGGCGGUCUGCAUGGCAAAGGGGUUGUUGGGCUCUUUAAAUCUACCAAUACUGCCACAUCAGGCCCUUCUCAGACAGAUUCCACUUCUCUGGAGCAGGAGAAAUACUUACAAGCCGUUGUGAAUUCCAUGCCCCGCUAUGCAGAUGUUAGUGGGCGUAAUACACUGAGUGCUUUCCCAUCAGCACACCUCUAUGAUUCUCCAGACAAACGCCAACCCAAGCUGGGUUCCCUGAUGAAGCAGGUGAUGGGAGGGAAGGAGGACGUCCGAGGAGGUAAGUGGGGCAGUAUACGUGGAAGUGGGAGGAUGAGCGCCUACAUGAACUCUGAUGUCGGGACACGUCUAGCAAGCAGAGAGCUGCUGACUCACCAUCAGAAUGGUGGCCCUUCAGACAAUGCGCUGACACCACGCAGAGCUGCACUGUAUAUCAUUGGAGACAAAUCUCAGCUUAAGGGAGUAAAGCAAGACCCUCUACAGCAAUGGGAGCUGGUCCCUAUCGAAUUGUUUGAUGUUAGGCAGGUCAAAGCGAGUUUCAAGAAACUGAUGAAAGCUUGUGUGCCAAGUGCCCCCUCAUCUGAUCCAAAUAUGUCCUACAUGCGCACGCUGGAGGACUCAGAGUGGCUUAUUCAGCUGCACAAGCUCUUGCAGGUUUCUGUGCUGGUUGUGGAAUUGCUGGACAGUGGCUCAUCAGUCUUGGUUGGACUCGAGGAUGGAUGGGAUCUCACCACCCAGGUGGUGUCUCUUGUCCAGCUGUUAUCUGAUCCUUACUAUCGAACAAUUGAAGGAUUCCGUCUGCUUGUGGAAAAAGAGUGGCUUUCUUUUGGUCACAGAUUCAGUCACCGUGGCGCGCACACUGCAGCCAGCCAAAGUAACGGAUUCACACCUAUUUUUCUGCAGUUCCUUGAUUGUGUGCAUCAAAUCCAUCUACAGUUUCCCUCUGAGUUUGAGUUUAGUCAGUAUUACCUGAAGUUCUUGGCUUAUCACUAUGUGUCCAACCGUUUCCGCACCUUUCUACUUGAUUCUGACUGUGAGAGGAUAGAAAAAGGAGUCUUGUAUGAAGAGAAAGGAGAUCGGCGUAGCCCCCAGGUAUGUCGCUCAGUGUGGGAGUACAUGGAACGCCUGCAUAAGAAGAAUCCUGUGUUCUAUAACUACAUGUUUUGCCCUGAGGAUGGAGAGGUACUUCGCCCAUACAGCUCAGUUUGGGGUCUGCGUGUGUGGGAUUAUUACACCCAUGAGGCCCUAAGUGAAGGUCCCUCAUACGAUUGGGAACUUCUGCAGGGUCCUCAACCUGAGGAGCCUGAACGGAAUGACAGCUCUGCUCCCCAGACCAAGAGGAAAAUAAUCUGGCCAUCCUACCAUGCACCGGGACGUCUAGAACCAGAUGCCAUCUCUCACUUACUGGAGGAAUUACAGUGUCUCGAGAUGGAUCUUGGGCAGGUUCCUGAACGUUGGAAGGACACUUGGGACAAGAUAAAGGCUGCUCAUAGAACUGAAAGUAGACAUGAGAGCAGGAAGUCCAGUGCUCUGCUAAUGUCAUCAAACGUAUCCUCACAUCGCCACUCCCUGGGGGUUUACUUACAGGAGAGUGGAGUUGGAUCAACUUUAAAUCUGAGCUUGGAGAGCGGGCCAAGCUCAACCAGCACCCCGAGUGGAUCAGGAAAACUGGGGUCUCGGAACAGCACCAGCACCUUAUACAGCCAGUUCAACACGGCUGAAAGAGAGAACAGAUCUUAUGAAGGCACCUUAUAUAAGAGAGGCGCCUUUAUGAAGCCCUGGAAGCCUCGUUGGUUUGUGUUGGAUAAGACAAAACACCAGUUACGAUACUAUGAGAGUCGCACAGAUACUGAAUGUAAAGGAGAGAUUGACUUGGCCGAAGUGGAGGCCAUAACUCCAGGAACUCAGACUCUGGGUGCUCCUAAAACUGUGGAUGAAAGAGCAUUUUUUGAUUUGAAGACGACCCGGAGAGUGUACAAUUUUUGUGCAACAGACCCUCUAUUAGCACAGCAAUGGAUUGACCGAAUCCAGAGCUGUUUGUCAGAUGCGUGAGUUGGUAGAUGCAGGUCCCCACAUCUGACAGUCACCCAGAGAGCAUAUACUGGGGCACUACAUAGCAGCCAUUGGCAGGGUCUCCUAAUUAAGUGGCUGGCAGAAGUGACCCAGAUCAUGUGUGGAGCUGAAACCGCCGGACAUCGCAUAAAACCCUUUGUAUCUUCAUGUGAAACAGGUGGACAUCACAAGUAUGCCUGUAGCGUGAGCUGCUAAAUGCAUCUAUCCCUCAGCAACAGAUGAAGGAAAAUAACUCCCAAUCAACUGAAAAAGGGAUUCAGGAAACUGUUCUGGAGGAAAUUGCACACAAAAGGCAGAACACCUGCAGAGUUUAUAUAAAAAAAAAAAAAAAAAAGACCAUAGUAAAUUUUGUCAACAGUAAGCCAGUGAAUGGGGGUGGAUCCUGUGGUCAGUUUUGGGUAAAUGGGAGUCUCUCCUCCAAAUGUCAAACUCCCUGAACAUUGUCAUGCACAUUUACAUCGCUGCUUGUACAGAGCAACCCCACGUGAGGACCGAUGUGACCACCUUUGAGAUCCUUAACUACGUUCUGCCUUCUGGUUACCUUCUUUUAAAUACGAGUGUCAGAUUUUUUUUUUUUUAUUAUUUUUUUUUUUUUCUCGUUUCUGUGAAGAUUUUUAAAUUAUUUUAUAAUGUGAGGCUUUUCAAUCAUACUUACCCAGUGAGUGAGAGGCAAAGAGAGUUACAGACAUAUAGCUAUAUCAGAUCAGGGUACAGAAAUAUUUACAGAAUCCUGGUAGGCCAAGACAGGAAUCAAUGCAGUGAAAGGAAACCCUAUCAACUUUGGCUGUGAGAAUCCAAUUAGAUGUGUUUGUCCCAUUGUUGUAAAACACUGGUGUUCUGACAUUCUGUGGAGAAGACAUGGCUGAUGGACAGUUGUUAGAACUGCACCAUCAAUGGGCAAAAAGCACAUUGAUUCCUAUUGGAGGACUUUCUAGUCUUCUUGUGCUUGAUGUAGGAAGAAAAAAAGAUAUGUCAGUACUUUUUGAGAUAAAACAGGUGAAAACCACUAUAGAUUUUAUUUUCUCCUUGUCAUAGGAUUUUGCUCACGUAGCACCUCACCAACAGAUACACUGUACUGAUGUGGGGAGAUCCUUACAUAAAAUCAUAUUGUAACAAAAGUAAUAUAUUAAGCAGCAGAAUCUCAAGGAAUAGAGACUUUUAAUAAAUUUUUGGCUAAACCUGUCAGCAUCAUUUUGAAGAUUAAAAAAAAGAAUCACAGCAUGUCUCACCCACUCACAGUCCCCUGUAUGAUCCAUACUGCAGUUUGGUUGGCAUACAUUAUGGUUGUAAUGCAGCUAUACUGACACCUUAUGUUCUCUUGAACAUAAGCAAUUAACAGAAAACGUGUUAAAUUGCUAACCGUAUUUUAACUCUGGUUAUUGUACUUCAUUCAAUUAUUAUUAUAAUUAUUAUUACUACUGUAUAUUGAUGUAUAUAGAGAAGUCUCCCAAAGCAGCACAAGGCUGAAGAGGACUGUGAUAGAAAAAGGAACAAAUUGGGGAGUCUUGUAAUCUUGUCACUGCCAGAGGGCUGGUUAACUUGCACAGAUUACUCCUGUUGUGAUAAAGCAACAAGUGUAAUCCUUAUCUUACAAAAGAGAAAAUAGAGCAUAUUGUUUUUGCACAUGUUCCAAUACCCCUGCAUAAAAUCAAAGAUUGGUAUAAAGUUUCACUUUUUAAAUCGAAUGUUUAAAUCAAACUAUAGUCCAAAAGAAAAUGGUGCGGACAUUGUUCUAUUUUUUAUGACCAUAAAGUCAUUUGACAACCU